AUGGAGCACGGGGGAAGCACUCGACGGAAGGGUGAUGGCGUCCCAAAAGAAAACAGUCCCUUUAUCAACAACACAGACAACGACAAAGCCAACGCCAACAGCAACAGCUACGAUGGCACCAACAUGGCACUUUUUGAGGAGGAGAUGGACAGCAAUCCCAUGGUAUCCUCACUCCUCAACAAACUGGCCAACUACACCAACCUCACCCAGGGAGCCCAAGAACACGAGGAGGCAGACGAGGACGAGGGCGCCAAGAAGAAAGCUGUCAAGAGCCCCCAGAUGGGGACCUUCAUGGGCGUGUACCUCCCUUGCCUUCAGAACAUCCUGGGGGUCAUCCUGUUUCUUCGUCUUACCUGGAUCGUGGGCACGGCGGGCAUCCUGGAGUCUCUGGCUAUCGUGGGCCUGUGCUGCAGCUGUGUAAGGCCACACUGUCUUCUGGGGCAGGGAACACAAUAG